CUGGAGAAGGACAACAUGCUUGACAUGUCUCGAAUCACCAGCAACCUGUACAUCAGCAACGGCUUGGCAGCUAACAACAAGAUUAUGUUAUCCAACAAACAUAUCACCACAAUCAUCAACGCGUCAGUGGAGCUGGAGAAUGUCUGCUACGAAAACAUCCAAUAUGUGCGUGUUCCUGUAGCUGACACACCCAGCUCCAACCUCUUCGACUACUUUGAUCCCAUAGCCGACCACAUCCACGACGUGACUACGAAACAAGGCUGCACACUGAUACACUGCGUCGCCGGGGUGAGCCGCUCAGCCACUCUUUGCAUUGCUUACCUCAUGAAAUACCACUCCAUGUCACUACUGGAUGCCCACAUCUGGACCAAGUCUUGCCGACCCGUCAUCCGGCCUAAUAAUGGCUUCUGGGAACAACUGAUCCGCUAUGAGUACAAGCUGUUUAGCAAGAACACGGUACACAUGAUCAGCUUAUCAGUGGGCAUGAUUCCUGAUGUCUACAAUGAAAAGGCCCACUGA